UAUUCAUAAUAAGUUCAUAUUCAGGUAUACACAAGAAAUAGUUAUGGAGGGGACGUACGUGAAAAGUCAUGUUAGGAUUGAAAAUUGCCUCAAGGAAAUACGUACAAAGAAUAUUAAGGAAUGUCUGCAGAGAUAUGCAAAGACGAAAUCUAAAAUUGAAGCAUUAGUUUUCGUCUCAACUGAUGGUGAAAGACAGAGCAUUACGUGGUCAAAUCUUUACGAAAGGUCAUGUGCAACGGCUGGUUCAAUGAUACGGCUUGGUGUGAAAAGAAAUGAAAUUGUUGCUAUUAAUCUACGAACAUGUCCUGAAUGGCUUUAUGCAACGUUUGGUGCAAUGAUAGCAGGCGCUAUCCCGGUAAGUGUUUCGUUUACUUAUACAGAUGGUAGCGACUUGGUAGCGAUUAUGGAAAGAAUGAAAUGCUGUUCUCUUCUCAUUAUGGAUCCCGGAUUCGAUAACGUUAAUUGGAACAUUGCUCAGGGGUUACUGGAUGAAUAUAAUGACAAUGGAGAUAUUAAAAGUGCAAAACUACCGUACUUGCGUUAUCUGGUAGGUGUCGGCUUUGAAAAUUGCUCUGAUCCUGUCAAACACUUUCAAGAUUUACUAAAUGGUACGGAUUCUGAUGCUGAUUUUCCCGAUUUAGAGUCUGAAGAUGUCGCAACUAUGUUACAGACCUCGGGAAGCACGGGGGUACCAAAACUUGUUGUACAUACGCAUGCCUCACUCAUCUCUGUGGCUGGUUCCGAAUUAAUAUUAAUUGAUCCAAACUACAAAGUUUUCAACGACCGUCCGUUUAACUGGAUUGGAGGAUUUCCAUUUUCAGUUUUGACAGGGCAAAGCAGGGUGACAAUAUCCGGAUUCUGCGAAGCACCAACAAAUAGAGUCUCUUUCAUGAAAGAUGUCAUCGAAAAGGAACGAUGUUCAUUGAUACUUGCGUUGCCUCCACUGAUGGUUGAGCUUAUACGAAUCCAGGACGAGUUGCCAUCUGAUUGGCCAGUCAUAGGAAUACUUACUGGCGGACAACCAAUGACAAAAGCCUUGACGAAAGUUAUUGGAAAAGCCGCGAAAUUUCUCUGCUGUUUAUACGGUUCGUCGGAAGCUUUGUUUUUAACUCAGUCAUUAGUAACAAAUAGCGAAAGCUUUGUCGAAUACGGAUGUGGUACGCCAUUACCGCUACAAGGGGUGGAAAUGAAAAUUGUUGAUGACUACGGACAAACGGUUCCCGUUGAAACAAGAGGUGAAAUAUACAGUCGAUCUCCGAGUAUGUUCAAAGAAUAUUUCCACAACCAACAGAAAACUGAAGCUGUAAUGACUGGAGAUGGGUGGUACAAAACUGAUGACAUUGGACGCAUGACCGAGAAAGGAGAGUUUUUUGUUGAAGGUCGAAAAUCCAAUAUAAUAAUUUCUGGAGGAAAGAAUGUUUCUCCUGAAAUGUUAGAGCACGUAAUGAAGACUUUUUCUGAAGUUGAGUCAGUUGUUAUGGUACCGGUGCCGGACGAAGUUUUCUAUCAGGUUGUAUGCGCAUGUAUAGUUCUGAAAGCCGGAAGUGACAUCACAGAGCAACAGCUUCGAAUGCAAUGUCAGAAUCUCUAUACAGAUAAAACAGGUCUUUUUACAGUACUUCCGACGUUUUACAUGUUUUUGGAAAACAUUCCAGAAACAAAAACAGGAAAGAUAGAUAGAAAAGAAUUAGAAAGGCUUGCAUGCAGCAAAUUUAGGUAACUCUGUUGCUGUUGAAAGUGUAUGGCUGUCCAACCAUCUGCGCAUACUUUAAAUGUAACAAUGUAUAUCAUACCUAAGAGAAAAUUAGUCAAAUUCGCGAUUCUUAUUGUUUGUGUCAUUUACAGCAUGGUAUUUCUAAAGUUUAGAUUGUUUCAGUCUUGCAUGCCUUUUGUGUUAUAAAUCUUUAAAAUGAACAAAUCGUCCGUUAACAAUAGCACAAUUCUAACGUCGAAUCACAAUGCACGCUUUUGAUAUUGAUAAAAAGCUGCAAACAUGCCCAUGCAACAGAGCGUGAUGACUUCGGAAAAUGCUCCGCCUUAUAAUCAAUUUUGUACAUGGAAGAAAAUCGCUAUUAUGCCUGUAAAUAUUGUUAAAUGUGAUGUGAAAACAAAGGAUAUAUGUAUCAUA